AUGAAGGCGACCUCCCUUCAAGUGGCGUUAGUACUUUUGGCCUUGAUUAUCUUGCCAAUUUCUACUUCGGGAAAUCCCGCUUGGCAGAGACUAAGAGCUGAAAAGAGGGUGAGUAUGUGGUUAAAAAAGAAACGCCAUGGCAAAUACUGAAAAGCUUACGUUUCGAGCGUUAGUUCGUUGUUCCGAGUCACAACAAAUUCGAAAAGUAUGUAACUAUUUCGACCGCCGAAGUGGACGCAGAUUCUCGUGCAGUUCACUAAAAAAUCUUCGAGUUCAACACGUGGCUUUUAUCAGAGUCAGACAUUCAAAGCGAAAUCAGGAAAUGACUUGACACUUUAUCGAACCGAACCGAUGAGUCUUAAAUAACAAUUUACUAUAGUAAUCAUCGCAAAGUUCAUUCUUCAUAAUAAUAUUCUAAAAAUUUCAAAACAUUGUUUUAUUCAGACACAUAUGUUUGGGUGUAAAUAAGAAGUGAACAUUAUUUAUCAUCGAUUCUCGAAAUGGUCUCUUUAACGGAACAAGGACAGUGCUAAUCAAAUCCAGAAAUGUUUUCAGUUGAGGGUUUGCUUCAGAAUUUUCAACGAGCCAAAUCUCUGACCGUCGCAGAUGAGAGCUCUCAUCCCAUCAAAAGUGUUUCUUUUUUAUAAGAAAACAAAGGGUAUAUGCAUUUCGUGUACAUUUUCAAAUUGCAACGUUUUUGCACAUAAAUACAUAUUAAAGAUAUAUAUAUGUGUAUAUAUAUGUGUAUAGAAAAAGAUAUCGGUUGCUCUGAACGAAACGUGCCAUUCAUGAUAUAGCUGUCAAAAAUUUUAAUGAUAAUUUUACACCUAAAGGUCGUGGACUACAAUGUUCGCAUAAGCGAGUCCGGAGAGAAUUACACUCAGAAAAUUGAAGUGAAUCAAGUUAAGAAUACCGCAUUGUUCCAAGUUCCAGCCCAUCCUGGUGUUGAUCGUUCUGAUGUCCUACAUGAUUUUAACCAAGUGAGUUUUAGUGUAGACGAAUUCUUACUCAACUUUCAUUAUUACUGUAAAGCCUCGACUCUUUUUACCUUUUUACACAUAAAUUUAGCACCACUCAUGCAAAAUCCAGAAGCUGCUCAAUUCUUUCUAACCUCACUGUUAACAGCCCAAGGUCGCACUCACGUAUUUUUGUCCGGGUGAACUCCUGUAUCGACUUCCAUCCUCGCUAUUUGUUUUUACUAGCUACAAGCUCUUCAGUAAUUGUAUAUCUUUCCAUUUUUUAUUUUUUUUUUUUUUUUACUGUGAAAUAAUGCAACGUAGCUUAAAAAAGCGAUAUUUAGCCAUUGCAUAAGUAUUUGAUAUCAUUUCCCUUAUAUCUCUUUAUUUAUCGCACCAGAAUUUGACGAUGCUGCGAAUCCCAGAAGAGAAUACCUGCUAUCUGUUUCCUCUCGUGAAGGAGCAGACGACCCCUGAAAAGUUGAUUAGGGAUCUCGACAAAGCCAGCGGGGUGAGAGCAAUUGAUACUUUUACAAUAACUCGUACCGUAAUUUAAUUGUUUUAUUAUUUGUCGCAAUAAUUUUGAAUAAUAAGGGUGCAAUUUAUCCCGGAAAACCCCCUUAACAGACAAACUACACUUCAGGAUGACAGGCCGGGCGAGGGCGCGAGUUAUUUUCAUGAUAAGCGAUUUAGCUCGACAUAGUUAAUAAUCAACUAGAACUUGAUAUGGGGCAAAUACUACUAUGGCUGUAUACUUUCCGAUGUUUAGAGCGUCGGUCGGGGUCAAUCGAAGGAUUGUGAAUUACUUGUGCGUGUGUCUAAAUACCAGAAUAUGCAGUUAGGUUAUUGGGGUAAGCUUGGGAAAGGAUGAUAAUGAUGUGUAGCAAAUCAGUGGGGCGUGUUCUUUGUUCUUUUAUUCCGACUUGAAAUUCAAAGUUUCGAUUACGAAAAUAAAAAUUGUUUUUGAAAUUUUGCGAUUCCCCAGCGUUCUGAUUCAUACCUUAAUUUGGUGAAGGAAAGUCCCCAGAAAAGUACGUUUUGAAACAACCAUCAUAAGCUUGGGACUGAGAUUUCUUUGCGACCAGUGAAAAAGAAUGCAAAGAGAAAAACAAAAAGGGAUCAUGAUUUAAUUGCAAGUUUAACGGGAAUGUAAAAAUCAUGGGCCUGAUUUUGAAACAGUGUACUUUGUGAAGUCCUGACACACUUCGCCCUCUUUGUAUACUAUCACACAAAUUCGAAAACGAUUUAACAAAAUAUUGAAUCCUUAACUCUAUCAGAUGGUUGUGACGGAGACCAAGCGGGUUGAUAACACUUGGAUUCUUGACGGCCAGCUAACAGACCGGUCCACACUCAGCGAGGAGUUGGCGCAAUUUUGUGCAAAAUACUUCAUAUACCAUGUGAAAAAAACCCACGAUUCGUUAAGUGUAGCAAAAGGUAAGACAACAAAACUAUCAAGUCACAUUUCGUCAAGAAAACUUCACAUAGCCUAGCGUUGUCACGAGGUCAUUUACACACACACACCUGAACGGACGCACAGAUCUCUUGCGUGCGCGUUAUUUGUAUUCUUGCCAACUCUCCGGAGCCUGAGUUCGACAUCCAAUCAGCAACGCCCGUCAAUUAACAGCUCAAAAUUGUCAGUUCUUUCAGAACGUCUAAUAAAGUUGUUUUGCUAUUUUUCUAACUCUGUAAAAUCAAAUUACAAAUUAUAGCAUCGGUUGAUAGAUGAUUAACUGUUCCUAUUUCUGUGCUGUAGCAGAAAGCCAUAUAAUCGAGGAGGCGGAGUAGUAAACAAACUGUGUCCAGAUGCUGCCAUAGAUGCCUGUAUUUCGCCUAAAUUUUAUAUAGCCUGCGUAGCAAGAGUUUGAUUUUAAUUUGGACACAAGGAAUUAAAAAAUAAAUCCGUCUGGGCGAGCUGGAAGUCACGCACACACCACACGCACUCACACCCGCACAGACACACCACUGCUCUCUUGCACGCGUGUCCAUUGCAUCCUUACCGAGCGUCUGCAACGUAGACUAAAUCUCACAUCCAAUAAACAACGGCCGUCUCUAACAAUUUAGAAUGUCCAGUUCUUUCAGAAAGUCUACGUUGUUUUGCUAUUGUCUCUGACCUUGUUAAAUCAAAUUAUAAAAUGCAGAAUCACUUGGGUAACAAUUUAAUGUUCCUCUCUCUGUUGCUGUUGUAGAAAGCCACACAAUCCAAAAGCGAAGGAUCAGAAGAAUAAACAGACUUUGUCCUGGCGGCAUGGCUCUAGAUGAUGCCUUCAACUCCUGUUAUGAUAUGCCUAAAUUUAGGUGCAGAGUUCGAACAAGAACAUGCUACAAGUAUGUGAUUUGUAGUAAUGUUGGCGAUGAUAGACAGGAUAAUUGGAUCGACGUAAGAGUCCCCAGGGCGGCUCCCCUAGGUUUAAAUUGCCGUGAAGAGCACAUCUGGAAUGCAAUCGUGUGUUGUGAAUACACUUGCAUGAAUAAAUAA